AGUGGAAGUGAUUGCUAUUGCGGGGCAAGAUGGCGGCGCCCAGCGGGGCCUAGAGCAGGGACUCUUGUGUGGCUCCUGCCUGGGAAUAAGAAGAGAACACCAGAGUCUGGAUUGGAUCUCAGUGUUGCAGUGACAAAAUGCUGUCCAGACCAAAGCCAGGAGAGUCCGAGGUAGACUUGUUGCAGUUCCAGAAUCAGUUCAUUUCUUCAGGGGCCACCCCAGCUGUACGAAUAGUGAAGAAGGCAAACAAGAAGGGCAGAUAUGCUGAUGAGGAACUGCCCAUUCUGCAGGAUCAAAGAGACGUGGUGACGUUAGACAACCUUCCAGAUUUACCCCCCACUCUGGUUCCUGGUCCCCCAAAGAGGGCCAAGCCCAGUCCUCGCUUCACACUGCCUGAGAACCAGGAUGCUGAGGAGAGGCUAGAUCAGCAUGAUCGGCACAUCACGGCUGUCUUCACUAAAAUCAUUGAACAUGAUACCAGGGCAAUGACUGUGACUCUGCCUCUUCCCAGUGGAGUGGCUUUUCCCCGUGUCUUCCAUCGUUCCCAGAAAGGCAUCCAGGGAAAAAUAGCAACAUCUGGAAAGAAAAGUAUUUUUGCACAGGAGAUUGCAGCGAGAAGGAAUGCUGAGGCAAACAGCACACCAAUGGAGGUGACCGUACCUGCCCAGGGCCAACAGGAAGGAACUCUGAUAUCCAAGAAACUAGAAUUUGAGGAACAGGGCUCAUGUAUUCCAGAGACUGGCAAGAGUUUCCAGGGGCCCCAGCUCAUCACUGGAGAGGGCCUCCAAUGUCAGAAUGCCCAGCAUGAGAUCCAGACCAUCCAUGAGGAGAACCUGGCAAAGCUGCGUGCCUUGGGCCCAGAAGAACUCCUUCAGGAGCAACAGAGGCUGCUGACCCAGCUAGAUCCCAGCGUGAUUGCUUUCCUAAAGUCUCGCCGCAGCACCAAUGGUCAUACAGGAGUGGAAAGUUUGGAAGAGCAGAAGUCGGGGACCAUGGCUCAUGAGACCCCUGAAGAGGAACCAAUGGGGUCACCCCCUCCCAGUGGGUGGAAACAGCCAAAGCUGGCUGCCUCAGCCCCAGAAUUGCCUGUGACCCCGCACAAAGAGUGGCUUCACAUGGACACUGUGGAGCUGGAAAAGCUUCAGUGGACGCAGGAUCUGCCUCCGCUCCGGCGGCAAAAAACACAGGAGGGAAUGAAGCAGGCACGUUUUGGGCUCCAGGGAGAGCUGCUGGCCCCUGAUGCUGACCUCCCCACUCAUCUGGGCCUGCAUCAUCAUGGCGAGGAGGCGGAGAGAGCAGGAUAUUCCCUUCAAGAGAUAUUCCAUUUGGCCCGAAGUCAGAUCUCCCAGCAGAGAGCUCUGGCCCUGCAGGUGUUGGCCCGAAUCAUCUCUAAAGCCCAGGCAGGUGAAUUUGGGAGUCAGCUGACAGAUAGUGUCCUGCGCCUUCUGUUGGAUGCUGGUUUCCUCUUCCUCCUGCGUUUUUCCCUGGAUGACAGUGUGGACAGUGUUAUUGCAGCAGCCAUGUGGGCACUGCGGGCCCUGUUGGUGGCCCCUGGAGAUGAGGACCUCCUGGACAGCACCUUCUCCUGGUACCAAGGAGCGGCUGUAUUUUCCCUAAUGCCAUACCAAGAAGAGGAGGAGGAGGAGGAUGAAGAAGCCCCAGCAGAAAAAGCAAGAAAGAGCUCCCAAGAGACCCGGCCCCCCCCAGAUCUGGCCCGACAUGAUGUUAUCAAGGGUCUCCUGGCUACUCAGCUGCUACCUAGACUUCGAUACCUACUGGAGGUGACCUGUCCCUCCCCCACUGUGGUCCAGGACAUCCUUGCUGUGCUGAUCCGAGUGGCCCGGCACUCUCUAGAGUCAGCCACAAAGGUGCUGCAGUGUCCUCGGCUGAUAGACACGGUGGUUCAGGAGUUCUUGCCCUCGAGCUGGUUGCCUGUGGGGGAAGGGCCAAUUUCCCGCCUGCAUGGCGUGCCCUGCGCUGCUGCCAUGAAGCUGCUCCGAGUCCUGGCAUCAGCUGGCAGGAAUAUUUCUGCCCGCUUGAUGAGCGGUUUCGAUCUUCGAAGUCGCCUGUGUCGCUUUGUGUCUGAGGCUCCCCAGGAAUUGGCCAUGCCCAUCCAGGAGGCUGAGCAGCUGUGCACUGAAUCCUUUCGGCUCUGGGCAGUAGCUGCUACUUAUGGCCAGGGUGGAGACCUCUACAGAGAGCUCUACCCAGUGCUGAUUCAAGCCCUUCAGGCUGUGCCCCAGGAGUUGAGCAUCCAGCCCCACAGCCGACUUGCCAUGCUUCGAAUCUCAGCCUUAAUUACUCUGCUCACCCGCUUGAUCCAGGCUUCAAGCAGCAACAGCACAGAGCUCCAAGACCCAGCCAGAAAUAACCCCGUCGAGUCCAAUCCAUCACCUGUCCCUCCCUCCAUCACUUGGGUGCAAGUAUCUGGGCUCCGUCCCCUCCUAGAACCAAUUCUUCGGCAAGUUCUGAAGGAGCUGCCCCGGCCUGAUGCCUGGAAGGCCCUGGCCCCAUUGCCCACUGCCUGCCUGCUCUACCUAGCAGCCCAUUAUCAGGCCUGGAGUCAACAGCCAAAACUAUGUCCUGGAGAGUGUCUUCAGGAUGUGGAGCGACUUACAAAGGAGUUGGUAUUGCCCCUGCUGAGUCAGCCUGCUUUUCAGGGCCUAUGGGAUUCACUCAGGCCCUGCUCCCCCCUCUGCAAUCCGCUGUCCUGCGCCCCAGCCCCUGAGUCCAUCCCUAGCCUUGUCUCCCUGGGUUGUGUGGGAGGCUGCCCCCCACUCAGCCUGGCUGGACCAUCUUCAGCCUUCCCUUUCCUCACUUCCCUCCUCUGUCUUCUCAAUGUUCUGACCCGAAUCCACAAGGGGCUCUGUGGCCAGCUUGCUCCAGUGUUGGCUACCCCGGGGCUCCAGGAUUACUUGCUUUUUUGUGGAACGCCCUCUCCUGUUCCCCGACUCACCCCCUACUUUGCAUGGGCUCUGAGACAUGAGUACCAUCUACUAUACCUGGUGCUCUCACUGGCACAGAGAAUGGCCGAGCUCAGGCCAGAUCCCAGCCCAGACGCCAUCCUCCAUCACACUGUGGCGCUGACGCUCCUGCGUCACCUGCUGCCGGGCAGCGAGUACCUGGCCCACCAGCUGCUGCUGGGCUCCAUCUUCCUGCCAGAAUUUCUCCCGGAAGGAGCUUCAGGGGGACCAGAGGCAGCCGACUUUUCUGACAAGCUAACCCUGGGCAGCGGCGGGAGGCCUGGAUCAGGACGAGGGGCCCUCCUGGCAGAAGCAUGCCGGGACCUUCCCAGCAUCCGUGGCUGCUAUCUGGCACAUUGCAAACUGCCCGGCCCUGCCUUGCUGCAUUCCCAGGCCUUGUACCAGGCAGAACCCCUUCACAUUCCUUCAUUGCUACUCCCUGUGCCAAAGGAGCCUCUGCUGCCUGUGGAUUGGCCCUUCCUCCCCCUCAUUCACCUCUACCACCAGGCCUCUGGCCCUGGCGCUGAGGCCUUCUCCCCCAGCUCCUUGGGCACAGCAACCCGUGCCCUGCAGUGGGUGCUGGUCCUGGAGAGCUGGCGCCCUGCCAGUCUCCAGGCGGUUCCUCCUGCUGCCCGUCUGGCGAGGCUCAUGUGUGUAUUCCUUGUGGACAGUGACCUGUUCCGUGAGGCCGCCAUCCAGCAAUACAUCACAGCUCUGCUUGCCCAGCUUUGCCGGCCCCAGGCACUGUCUCUCCUAAAGCUGGACUGUCCCUUGCCUGGUCUGGCCUCCUUCCCGGAUCUCUACGCCAGCUUCCUCGAGCAUUUUGAAGCCGUCUCCUUUGGGGACUCUCUCUUUGGCACCCUGGUUCUGCUCCCCUUGCAGCGCAGAUUCAGCGUCACUUUACGCCUUUCUCUUUUUGGGGAACAUGUGGGAGCCCUUCGAGCCCUCGGACUGCCCCUCGCACAGUUGCCUGUAUCCCUGGAAAACUACACAUCUCCCCCUGAAGACAACCUGGAGCUCCUCAAACUCUAUUUCCAAGCCCUGGUAAUGGGCACCCUCUGCCCACACUGGUGUCCAGUGCUCUAUGCUGUGGCCGUGGCCCAUGUUAAUAGCUUCAUCUUCUCCCAGGACCCAAAGAGCUCAGACAUGGUGAUAGCUGCUAGCAAGUGGAUGCUUCAGAAGACUUGGCUGCUGACCAAUGAGUGUCUCAAGCAACACCUUCUCUUCUACAAGCUCCCCAAUGUGGCCCUGCCUGAGGGCUUUGAGCUGUACACUCAGUUGCCUGCCUUGCGACAAAACCACCUUCAGAAUGUAACCAGUGGACUACUCCAGGAUGGGGGGCCAGAGUCUUAGUGCCACGGCCUGCAGGUGGUCCCCUGAUCAUGCUCUCCUGAGACUCAAAGAGGUGUUUGUUCUCCUAAGUAUGUACAGAUGUUUUUGAUGUCCUGGAGAGAUGUAAUUCCUAGAAUCAAUCAAAAGAAAAAACUUGUCCUGCAGAGACAAGAGCAGGAGGCCUUCCUCCAGCCCUGCGGGGAACCUGGUGGCCUGAGGGACUUAGCUCCCUUCCACAGGCUUGGGUCUCACUCCUUCCUUUCCCUGAGGAUGACUGAGCCACGUUCCCUGCCCUGGUGCCGCAGCGAGAGCUGAGACGGCCUAGCUGCACUUCCUCCUCCAGGACCAAUCUGAGGGUUCAGCGGCUGUGGGUGUGCAUUGAAAUAAACCGUUUUCUUCCUUUA